AUGACAUGGAAUAUACGGGACAUUAACGAUCCCAUCAAAAGCAAGGAAAUUCGUAAAAUUAUUGAUGAUCAGAAGCUUACUAUCUUGGGAAUUCUUGAAACCAAGGUGAAGGAUCGCAAUGUUGAUAGAAUCAAAUGUCUUUGUAUGGACAGUAAAUGGGGCUUGUUACAUAACUCUAAUAAUAGAACCGAUAGUAUUUGGGUUAUUAUGGUUGAAGCUAAAAGCAAGAUUGAUGAUAAUUCUUUUCGGUUAGCUAUUGUCUACGGUAUUAAUUCGAUCACAGACAGAAGUCUAUUAUGGAGAUGUCUAAAAGAUAGAAUUGAUGAUAAAGACCCAUGGGCAGUUUUGGGGGAUUUUAAUGUUACUAUGGCUGAAAAUGAGAGAAGUCCGGAUUCUGAUUUCAUUCAUGACAUGAUUGAUUUUAAUGAUUGCAUUCGUGACAUUGGUUGUGUUGAGCCAACCAAUUCUGGCAACUUCUUCACUUGGUCCUCGAUGAGAGGUGAUGAGCAUAUCAGAAGGAGCAGAAUCGAUAGGGGUCUUAUCAAUGCGAGUUGGGCUGUCAAAUACCCGAUGAGUCAUAUCCAUGUCCUUAACCCGGGAAUCUCUGACCAUUGUCCGAUCAAGCUUUUUUGGGAGAAGGAUAAGAAGAUGAGACACACGUUCAAGUUCUUCAAUUUUUGGAUGGAUAAAAGCAACUUCAAAAGCAUCCUUAAUGAGGUUUGGAGUACGCAGGUUGAUGGUUCCAAUAUGUUCAUGGUUUCUGAAAAUUUAAGGCUCCUUAAGAAUCAGCUUGUUAAGUUUGAUCGCAGAAAAUUUAGCAACAUUUCUAAGAGGGUAAUGGCUGCUAGAGAGGUUCUUGAUGAGGCUCAAAAAGACAAUGCAGAUUUUGUGCAAGGCCAGGAUCAGAUUCAGGAUUUGGCUGUCCAAUAUUAUCAGGGUCUUAUGGGUACUAAGGCUGGGCAGCAGUAUAGUCAUCUUAAUACGCUCUAUCAGAUUGUUGACAAGAGGAUUUCUGUUGAUGAUAGUCGUGAUCUUAUUAGGGUUGUCUCGAGAGAGGAGGUUUGGAAGGCCCUGACUAAUAUUAAUGGUAACAAAAGUCCCGGUCCAGAUGGGUUUAACGCGGAGUUUUUCAAAGUAAAUUGGGACAUUGUUGGUCAUGACAUUACAGAGGGGAACAUUCUUAAAGGUUAUGGGAAAAAGAGGAUCUCGCCUCAGGGUGCGUUUAAAAUUGACAUUCGCAAAGCUUUUGAUUUCGUCAAUGCGUUUCUACCUCCCGUUUCGUUGUGUGUGUCAAUGGAGCGCACGUUGGCUACUUCAAAGGCGAAAGUGGCAACCGUCAUUACACUUUCCACCCUUUCUACGAGGAGGAGAAGAUUACUCACCUUUGUUUUGCUGACGACUACACGUGCCGAUGUUGAUACCGUUAAAACUAUAAAAGAUGCUAUUAACUUCUUUUAUGAUGUUACAUGUUUAUUGAUUAAUGAGGAAAAAAGUGCAGCGUUCUAUGGCGGUGUUAAUGACGAAAUAAAGGCAAGGAUACAAGACAUCAUGGGCAUCUCUGAAGGGUCGUUUUCGGUCCGUUACUUGGGGAUUCUACUUACGGUAAGGCAGAUUCAUGUAGUACAUUGCAGGCCACUUAUUGAGAAGGUCAAAAACGUGAUUAUGGGUUGGGCUACCAAGAAGUUAUCUUAUGCGGGAAGAAUUGAAUUGGUGGGCAGCGUGGUAAUGGGGCUUAUCGGGUAUUGGUCUCAACAAAUUGUUCUUCCUAAGAAGGUGAUGCAGGAGCUUGAUACAUUAUUACGGGACUUCAUUUGGGGCACUCAUGGCCGUGGGGGAAAAAAGUCAAGUGGACUGAUGUGUGUAAACCUAAGGAUGAAGGAGGUGUGGGUUUGA